AUGGUAGAUUUCAGUACUUCCAAGCUGAGGAAAAGAGUUGAAGCAAUGUCCACAGUGGUCGAAAGAGAAACUCAACUGCAGAAGUAUAGCAUUUCAGGUAGGGUUUGGCAGUGUUACACAGGAACCCGACUAAACGUUGCUUAUCCACAAGGGGCUGAUGGGAUCAAAGCUAAAGCUGUAGCAGUGUGCCAUACAGAUACCUCGGCAUGGAACCCAAAGCAUUUGGCCUUUCAAGUGCUCAAGGUUAAUCAAGGAACUGUUCCGAUUUGCCAUUUCCUUCCUGAGGAUCACAUUGUCUGGGUUCCAAACUAG